GUAUCUCAGUGCUGGCUGAGGAUGAUGAUGAUGAAGAGGUGGAGGAUAGCGAGGGGCGGAGGGGGAUGGAGGUGAGGGCUCACAAGGCGUCCCACACCAAGUACCUGAUGAUGCGUGGAUACUGCGUUCCCGGGAUCGUCAACCUCCGAAACCUCAACACCAACGAUAGUAUCGUGGUGGAGUCCUGCACCAUGAGGCUGCAGCUACGCCACACACCUGGACACACACUGUUUAUUACCCAGGACUCUCCUCCCCUAGACUUCUCCAGACAGGGUACCUCUCUCCUCCCCUCCUUACUCACCCAUUCCCUCAGUGCCCAUCCCCCCUCCUCCCCUUCUCCCUCCUCCUCCCCCCUCCCCUCCUCCCCCUCCUCCUCUGUAGAGGGGUGUGAGGGGCGUCUGGUGACUCAGAGAGGGUAUAACCCAGAGGACAUUGGGGCUGUGGCAGAGCUCAGAGCAACGCUGGAGAGACACGGAGCCUUCGGAUUGGACAGACAGGACCUGGUGACAUCACACACACCUGGCCGAGCCCAGAGACGGGCGUACUAG